UGACUUCAUCAGGAGGCGGAGUUUAACGUCCGGAGUAUCUCCUACCUUUGUUGCCCCAGACAUGGCAACUCCUAGCCCUGUGACUCCGGAGACACCCUUUGAACCAUCGAAGCCCCCAGUCAUUGAGGGCUUUAGCCCCAGUGUUUACAGCAAUCCGGAAGGCUUCAAGGAAAAGUUCCUUCGCAAGACUCGUGAAAACCCAAUGGUACCCAUAGGCUGCCUGGGCACGGCGGCCGCCCUCUCCUACGGCCUCUACUGCUUCCAUCGAGGCCAUAGCCAGCGCUCACAGCUCAUGAUGCGUACCCGGAUCGCCGCCCAGGGCUUCACGGUCGCAGCUAUCUUGUUGGGUUUAGCUGCAUCGGCUAUGAAGUCUCGACCCUGAUUCCACUGCCAGCUCGUGAAAGCUCCGCGGAAGAUCAUUCCAAACCCCAGGAGCAACCACCAACCCUGCCAAGAGACUCAUUCCCUCAUCGCCUCCACAGGCCUGUGUUUGCAGAGGAAGUGGCCAAUUGUGUGAUCGACAGAUUAUUUUUUUUCCCCCCAGAAAUCCCAGAGUUGAUGGUUUGGGUGUAGCAUAUGUCUAUUUGCGCUGCCCUCCCUCCCUACUUAAUAAACUCUAAUCCACUAAUA